UCGCACACAUGGUGGCAGCGGAUUCCCCUCCCUAUGUCGGGUCCGUCAACCCUGCUUCCCCCACCCAAACCACUGGACCCGUCGACAGGCGCAUGGCUGGCAUGAAAGACAUGAAAAAGUGAGUUCACUUUGUACUCCGCCGCUACCCAGUUGAGAAAGCAGCCUAAAUCGGCAACGUUACUCGUAACAAUCGGUGAAGAAUGCAGGAAGGCUUACAACACCUUCAAAUUUGAAGAUGAUGCAGACAAGAACAACGUCGAGACGUUGCUCGAAAAUUUUGAGGAAUUCUACAAGCCAGUGACUAACUUGACGUUUAAUGAAUUCCGCUUCGGAUCAAGAACCAAAGGCCAGGGCAGUGUUUCAUUGACUGGCUAACCGAUCUCCGGCUUUUAGCGAAGACCUGCGAGUUCGGGGACCUAGAAGACCGUUUGCUUCGCCGGAUUAUUCUGGGAUUCAGAGAUAAACGCUUGCAAGAAAAGCUUAUCGCCGAGAAUACGUCGUACAGCAGGACCGUCGAAAUGUGUCGCGCCCAAGAACUUGGGAAGGAGCAGUUUAAAGAAAUCAGUGAAGGCACAGAAGCAGCACGCGCCGCAGCUACUCGGGCAUUCAGCACCCAAAAGCAUCACUGUCGUCGGUGCGGUAAUAGCGCGCACGGUAACGCAAUGUGCCCAGCUACAGGAAAAACCUGCGAGAAUUGCGGGGGGCGUAAUCACUUCGCUUAAGCAUGUAGAUCGUCGGUGCGGCGACAAAACAGAGGCGUGAAUAAAGAGCUGCUCGAAGUACAAACGGAUGAAGAAAAUUUUGUCUUGGAAGCUUUGACCGUAUGCGCAGUCGCAGCGGGAGAUCACUGGACUGCAGCACUUGACAUCGAAGGCUGCCAAUUCACGUGCAAGCUAGACACGGGUGCUAACUGCUGCGUAAUUUCAAGCGAAAAAGCUUAGCAAUAAGCCCCUGCCAACCUGCCACGCGACCUUGACCGCCUUCUUCGGCCAUAAGACCACAGCAACAGGAAAAAUUUGGCUUCGUACAGCAAAGGGUACGAAGAAACGUUUUUUGUGGUCGAACAAAAUAAGCCUGUGGCUCUAAGUGGAUUAGUGGCGGAACGCCGAGGAUUUAUUUGCCACGUGCAAAAUGUUCACAUCGAACAGUUGUACCCAGCACCUCAACCUUUCGCAGAAGUCUUCAGUGGACGGGGAUAGCUGAAAAGCGAAGAGUACGCAAUGAAGUCCAAGUCCGGAGCCGUUGGUGUCGUCGUGCGAGCCAGGCUAGUUCCCGUGGCCCUACAGGAAAGAGUAAAGGAAGAGCUCAAGUGUAUAGAAGAACAAGGCGUGAUAACUAAAACAGAGGUUCGCUACCUUGGGCACGUGCUCACCGCCACAGGCUUGCGUGUGGACCCCAAACAUGUACAGGACAUUUUGGAAAUGCCGACACAAAAGAACUCCUCUGAACGCGCACUGCAAGACUUGCUUCAAGCCACCAAUGAGGACGCAACCCUGGGCAAGCGCCGCGAAUACGCAAGUACAGCAUGGCCGCUUCACGAGCAAGACGUCCCCAAGCCACUUCGGACGUACUGGGAGUGCCGGGACGAGAUACACGAGCAGGACGGCCUCGUAUUCCGGAGUAGCAAGGUAAUCGUGCCACAGUCGAAGACAUCGGAACUGACUAGUACUCUUCACUCAGCGCAUGAUUAG